UUUUAAUGAUGUGGAUUUCAUUACCAUUGAUGACAUCUGAUCGACAACUUAUGAAAAUGAAUUGGAAGAUUAAUUGUCUAGGGGAAAGUCUGGAAAAGACUGGAGAAUUUUUCAUUAACAGGUCUGAUGCAAAAGGGCUGAAGAGUUCUCUUCAGAAAUACAAUUCAGGAUGGCAGCUCACCACCAACCGGAGAACUUUAAGCAAGUGAAGAAGAACACACCAGAACACCAUGAAGCUGGCAUACCUUUUCCUUGGCCCCAUGGCCCUCUUCCUCCUCGCUGGCUGCAGCUGUGUUCUCAGCACCUCCAGUGGGAACCUGCUCACCUUUGUGGGCUGUGCCGUGAGGGAGUUCACUUUCCUGGCCAAAAAGCCAGGCUGCAGGGGCCUUCGGAUCACUACGGAUGCCUGCUGGGGCCGCUGUGAAACCUGGGAGAAGCCCAUUCUGGAACCCCCCUACAUUGAAGCCCAUCAUCGAGUCUGUACCUACAACGAGACCAGACAAGUGACGGUCAAGCUGCCCAACUGCGCACCUGGAGUGGACCCCUUCUAUACCUACCCCGUGGCUGUCCGCUGUGACUGUGGGGCCUGCUCCACGGCCACCACGGAGUGUGAGACCAUCUGAAGCUGAUGUGGCCAGCAGAACACAGCUGGUGGCCUUGAGCUUCCCAGACCCACCUGCAUGGGCAGCACGAGCAGCCUUCCCCCUGCAUUCGAGCACUGUCUAGUUUUGUCUGCCCCUGUGGAGGAGGGGUACCUGUCCUCCUUAGGCCCAUCUCAGGCAUAAGGCCCAGAGGCAGCCUACUGAUGCUAAAAAUGCAAAACAGUAUCUGUGUUUUCACCACAAUAAUUUCUCUGGCUCACACACUUGCAAAUUAUUUUGUCUUUACCUUGAAUUUCAGAACAUAAUCUGCAUAUAUCACAAUCCUCCUCCAAUUUGGAUUUAUAAUAGGCCAAUGGUUUAAAUACAGUAGGAGUAAUUAGGAAAUGGCUCUAGAAAGUCUUUACAUUUUCAUGUUUUAUUUAACAAUUGGUCUCUGACUAGAUUUAUGAUUUAAGGGUCAGAAAUUAAUAAAACCAAUGCUUUGUCCUCACACCCCCAAAGAAAAUCCAGUUGCAAGCUUCCUUCGAGAAAAUACUCCCUUCUUGUUUUAACUGAGUGCUUACCUAUACGAGAAACAGAGAUUGCUCAGAUUAAAAAAGGAGGCAACAGUAGCUGAAAUUGAGAAACCUCCAGUUCUGGAUGAUUCUUGGCCCAUGCAUAAUUCUCAAAGACCUCCUGAAUAAAGAGGCCCUUUUGUGAUUAAAAACAAACAAACAAACAAA